AUGGGCAAGAGAUCACAGCACAAGAAGCAGCUCCGGGCUCAGCACAAACGCCAGCAGAGCAAGAAAGUUGAAGUUCAUCCUGCAUCUGUUCCAGUCAAGCCAUGUCGCAAUCGACCUAAUAUUCUCACCUUACUCACUAUUCCGCUCGAAAUCAGAUACAAGAUUUUCGACACCAUAGCCAACGGAACCCAUACUAUCACUAUCGCACCAAAUCUACAUAUCUACAGCCCUCUUAUCGGUCUCACCUUCACUCAUCCUCAGCUCGAACAUGAAAUCGCACAAUGGCGUAAAUGCUACACUCGACCUGCGAUUCACCCUGUCUUUGGUGACUUCAACCCUACCCACACCACAUUCAAGAUCACUUUCCGAUCCAACGAGCGAAGAGUCACCCGCAUCUACGAACCAGAAGAUGCGAAAAGCAAGAUGCUGAAUUUAGAGCUGUGGAAGCGCGCUAUGGAUUUGGUUGGCACCAACAAGCAAUUCGAGGUCAACAUGGCGAUCAGAUACCUCACCAAAAGACUGUGGGAAUGGAAGCCGAUCAUGGGAAGACAUAAGAAGCACACAGUGGAGUUCCGAAAGAUGCAAGAAAAGUUGCGGCACCUGGUCUUUGAUGAGGAACUUCAUGGCAACGUAUUUGUCAUCAACUCUCCUCGGAUGUAUGAAGAACCAUUUGGAGAGAAGCCAAUGCUGGAUAUCAAGCCUGCUGUGUCGAAUCGUCUCCCCGCUACCUCGAGCAAUCAGGUAGCCUGCUACUAUCGAAGUUUGGGUAUGCAGAUCAACAGUGAAGCCUUGAAGGACUUAGAGCGUUUUCAAAAUCCUCAAGAUUUGGAGGAGCGUCAGGCGGCUUUCAGGGAUGUCAAGCUCGAAGAAAAGCCGAGAUUGAUUUGCGCAAACUUUGGCCAUUUUCGCCCACUGAAAAAGACAAAUGCCCACAUUACUGUGAAGAUGAAUACACGCACACUUUCAACACCUGGUUCACCUUCACUUGCACUACUAAAUUACACCCCUGAAGGGGCUCUCUCAAGCUGGCUCUAUUGA